AUGGAAUUCAAAGCAUUCUUAACAUCAUCAUUUUUUGGAAUUAAAAUCGAUAAUCUUAAAAACGCAAUAAAUGUGAUCGAAGAAAAUGAUCGAAACUUUGUAUUUGACAAUUCGUUUCUACUACCAGAUGCAAAUUUCAAUAUAGACGAGGAUGAAAUAGACACAGAAAAUUUGGAUAAAGAUCACAUAACCAAUAAUGUUCUUAAUAACAUUGAACUUCUAUUAGGAAUGAGGAUUUUGGAGGCAUCACCACUGAACACAACCCAGCGUAAUACUAGUAAUCCCAGUUCCUUAAACAACUAUUACGAAAGUCUCCGCAAUAAUGUGAUCACUCUCCUGGAACAUGUUCGUAUUCCACCAAAUGGAGUCGGCCCACCACCACCAGGGACUGGCGGACUUUCGUCAUCUUCUUCAAUGUCCUCAGCUGGAAAUCAUCACACCUACUCUCAUGCGCCCUUAAUACCACCGGGACCAUUGACAACGGCUAGCAUUUCCCAGGCACAGUCUAUAGCUGGAAUAUAUGGACCCCCACCACCACCACUGCCACCUAGUGCUGAAAAAAUUCCCCACCACCACCAUCAUCCCCAUCACCACCCACAUCACCAUGAGCACUUUGACAGUUACAUUUCGAAACUUCAGUCGCUUUGUGUUCCGGCGGAUGUCUAUGCUCUACCCGACGAUAAUCGUCCUGUAUACGACACAAUGAAAUCAUCCAUUGCACCAGGAUUAUACUGUACUACCAACACCCAUUUAAAUUCAUAA